CAUCACAUUACGCUCAGUCUCUAUCGUUGUUAUACCUAUAGCUAAGGUCCCGCUGAUCACUCACACGUUGUCGUAUACCAAGUCAGCAGCCAGAACGUGAGAUUAUACGCAACAUCUGAUGCAAAUACGGGGUUUGCAUACAGCCGGGAACGCGGCCACAAAAGGGCAAGCAGACGGUGUCGCAACCAGCAAACCUAACAGCAAAGGAGGCACGCUAUGGCCUUGGACGCCAGAGAAACUAACGGCAUGUUGGAGAACAUUGCGAAUGCGGCGAUGGGACACCCCGACCUGGUUAUGGCCGGUGGGUCGAUCGGUCGACGCGAACCCAGCCAAGCGGGCGGGCAGGCGGUUAAAUAGGGGUAAAUGGGAAGACGUCGCCACUAGCGGACGCCCUCCCCGGCGGGACGAGGUGUUCUUGGAGGGGGCGGGGACGCCGCCUUCGUCGUAUAAGUCGCAUGGCAGAAAUGUCACGGUAAUAAAUAAGUCGACACCCUCUUUGCGCUCGAAAAUAAUGGACGGCGCGGUGGGAUGCCGUGUCAUCUCGAGCGUGCAUGUGCUGUCGCUAAUACUCGCAUUCCCCCAGCCUAAUAAUACCUAACCCCUCAGCACCACCACCCCACCUCACGAUCCCCCGUUCUCCAGGGAAUUAGCAAAACCGCACGCAAAGCCGCGAAGAGCGCCGCCUCGAACCACGCGAGCAAGAGAGAGAGAGAGAAAAAAAAAAGCAGACGCCGUCGCGAUGUCGCCGCCCCUCAUCACCCACAUCUACACGGCCGACCCGUCGGCCCACGUCUUCGACGGCAAGCUGUACAUCUACCCGUCGCACGACCGCGAGACCGACAUCGCCUUCAACGACAACGGCGACCAGUACGACAUGGUGGACUACCACGUCUUCUCGCUGGACUCGCUCGAGUACUACGCCUCCUCCUCCUCCUCCUCCGCCCCCGCGCCCCUCGAGCCCCCAAAGGUAACCGACCACGGCGUCGUGCUCUCCGCCGCCGACGUGCCGUGGGUGUCGCGGCAGCUCUGGGCGCCCGACGCCGCGCGCCGCCGCGGGCGGUACUACCUGUACUUCCCGGCGCGGGACGCCGCGUCGGUGUUCCGGAUCGGGGUGGCGUCGGGGCCGUCGCCGACGGGGCCCUUCGCCGCCGACCCGGAGCCCAUCCCGGGCAGCUUCAGCAUCGACCCGGCCGCCUUCGUCGACCCCGACGGCCCCGACGAGCCCGCGUACCUCUACUUCGGCGGCCUGUGGGGCGGCCAGCUCCAGUGCUACCAGCGCGGCAACGCGCCGGAGCACUACGACGCCGCGUGGCUCGGCGCGCGCGAGCCCGCGGGCCCCGGCGCCGCCGCGCUCUGCCCCAAGGUCGCGCGCCUCGCCGACGACAUGCGCUCGUUCGCCGGCCCCGUGCGCGACCUCCAGAUCCUGGCGCCCGAGACCGGCCGCCCGCUCGCCGCCGACGACCACGACCGCCGCUUCUUCGAGGCCGCCUGGAUGCACAAGCGCGCCGGCGUCUACUACUUCAGUUACUCCACCGGCGACACCCACUACCUCGUCUACGCCACCGGCGACAACCCCCUCGGCCCCUUCACCUACGCCGGCCGCAUCCUCGAGCCCGUCCUCGGCUGGACCACCCACCACUCCAUCGUCGAGUUCGGCGGCCGCUGGUGGCUCUUCCACCACGACUGCGAGCUCAGCGGCGGCGUCAACCACCUCCGCUCCGUCAAGGUCAAGGAGAUUUUCUACGACAAGGACGGCAAGAUCACGACCGAGAAGCCCUCGUAGAUGCAAGUAACUAGGGAUGAGCUUGGAUAAAUAUGAUUUAAUUAUUUUAAUCUAU